AUUAACAGUGCCUGCUAAUGUAGAAGCUCUUCGUGCGCCACCAAGAAACAUUCGAGGUCACUCCUUCCUGCACGUGUCUAAUGCGGUUGAAUCCGCAAGUAGAAUAAACACGAACGGCCAAAAUUCUCAUCAUGCGCAAGCUACAACAUCGCGAACGAGUGUGAAGUGCUAUGUAUGUGAAGAUCCAAUGCAUCGCGUCCGUCAAUGUGGGGUCUUCAGAGCCAUGACGGUUACAGAUCGUCAUGCUACAGUCCGUAGUUUGCAACUUUGCGCGAAUUGCCUGGGCAGUCAUGGAACGAGAAAAUGCAAAUCUACGUUCGUCUGUAGAGUGGUGGGAUGCGGUAUUCGGCAUCAUACACUGCUCCAUCAAGAACCAUCCGCUUCCACGUCAAGUGCGCAGUGUAAUGCUCACGUAGAGAAAUCGACGACGACGCUAUUUCGAAUAGUUCCGGUGACUGUUUAUCAUGGCCAACGCAGUAUCGACACGUAUGCUUUCUUGGAUGAAGGAUCUUCUCUGACACUGGUGGAAACGUCGUUAGCCCAACAGUUAGGACUUGAAGGUGUUCGUGAUCCUCUAGAGCUGUGCUGGACUGGCAAUUACUGCAGGAGAGAGGAAUCAUCGCAACGUGUGCAGCUGGAGAUAUCGGCCAGGGGCGGUGAGCGGCGCUACUCUAUAGCGGCCGCUCACACUAUAAAUCAGCUAAGUUUACCGACUCAGUCAAUUGCCACUUCACUGAUAUUGAAUUUGAAUUACUUCCAGGAACUUCCAGCGAUACAGUAUCGUAACGCGGUACCUCAACUGCUGAUUGGACUGCAAGACGUGUUGCUGAUGAAGCCACUGGAAGUGCGAUCAGGCGAGAAAGGUCAACCAAUUGCUGUGCGAAGUCUACUAGGCUGGUCGAUUCCAAAAAGCAUUGACGGAUCGACAGCAGCAACGCCAUUCCCGGUCAACCGUCACGAAAGAGUAUCGAGUGUAGAUGAAACUGUGCAACAUCCGAACAGCAUGGACCGACAAGGGCUACUUGAAGUGAACAUCGUGCAGAACAUCGCAGCAGUUGCGGAAGAUAGCUCAGCCGAAAGCAGCAAUGUAAAUGCUGAUCAGACGACUCAUGAAAUGCUACGCAAGUAUUUCACAAUCGAAGACUACAACCGAACGACAUGCUGAGCGUUUCACUACCGGCUUAUUGUGGGCAGAAGAUGAGGAUCGUCGGUAGGAAGAAAGGAGAUGGUAACCAUUGUACCACACCCGGCGGAAGCUCUAAGGAACAGCUAUUGCCGAUCUACAGAACUCUUGGGACAGAUGGCUCAAAGAAUACGUCCCGACUCUUCAUGGGCGAGCCAAGUGGCAAAAAGAAGGCGAACAGUUGAAAGUGGGCGCGUUGGUCUUCGUGACGGAAGGAGCUCGAAAGGAAUGGCCACGAGCUGUUGUAGAAAAAGUGUUUCCUGGUUGUGACGGUAGAGUCAGGCAGGCGAUGGUGAGAACAGCGCACGGGAAAAUUUUUAAACGCCCGGUCGUAAAACUAGCGAGGAUCGAUGAAGAAGUUGAUAGAGAGGAAGAAAUUGAUGAUGCAAAGGCUGAUAGUGGGAACGGCAAAACACAGUAGGUUGAUUGUCGCGUCUUUAUCAACUGGUGAAUCCAAACCGCAUGGAUUCACGUGGGGGGAAUGUUGACACGCCAAAAUAUAAACAAUACAAAGGUUGGGACAAACAGAGGUGCGUUUAUCGAUCUGAGCGCAAUCGAUCACCACUGCUAUAAAACGCGAGCAGGAUAGACGAUCGGGAGAGAGAGAGAGAGAACAACCCAACGGUCAAAAGCCGAAGAUUUUAUAUUGACCUUUCGUUUUUUCUAUCUCCCACCAAACAAAGCCGAAGUCGCUCGAACCUUUUACUCUGUGCCAGAGCGAGAAAGCAUGCAUUCUGCAUCAAGUUUUACAGCUGCAAACACAGCGCGUGUAGAUGUGUGUGUGCGCGGAGCGAAUGUAUGGAUGAAGAUGGGAAGCAGCGGGGUUUUCUCGUUCAGUUGAGAGACCCGAACAAUUCCCCAUGGUGUUAUCAGUCCAAUACCAACGCUGCUGAGGGAAGGGUGUGCUAUUUUUUCGCGCGAUUCAUGCUCAUGAUUAUGAAAAACUGUAUGUUCUUUGCAAUAUUUGCUUACUAUGUUAUUGUUUUCACCAUUUUCUAAAUUUUUCCCCACUUUUCAAAUCUUCUUCUUCUUCUUUGGCUCAACAACCGUUGUCGGUCAAGGCCUGCCUGUACCACUUUUGGGCUUGGCUUUCAGUGACUAAUUGAUUUCCCACCAUAGCAGGAUAGUCAAUCCUACGUAUGGCGGCACGGUCUAUUUUUGGGGAUUGAACCCAUGACGGGCAUGUUGUUAAGUCGGACGAGUUGACGACAGUACUACGAGGCACACCACUUUUCAAAUAUUUCAUUAAAAUACACGUGAAAGUUUCUAUAGAUAAUAUUUUCAUAGGAACGGUGCUAAA